AUGAAUUUCAACCAACAAGGGCUAAAUGGUAAUGGGAUUCCUCCACAAUAUGGAGGGAUGGGUUCUGGAAAUCCUUCCAAUCCUCAACAACAACAACAAAUUGAUAUAGAGCAUCAAUUAGCUAAAUUAACUCCUCAACAACUUCAACAAUUAAGACAAAAACCUAAUCUUGAACCUAUAGUCACUAGUUUCAUUCAAAAGCAACAGUUGGCUCAACAACAAAUGAUGCAACAGCGAAUGGGUAAUGAUCAAAAUAAUAUGUAUAUGAAUAAUCAAUCAAUGGCAGGAAACAAUCCUGCAUUAGCAGCAGCUCUUCAGAAACAACAAAUGAUGAGUAGGCAACCGAGACCUCAGAUGUCUCAACAGAACUUACAAGCACAAAUGAAUAUGAGAAAUACUAAUUCUACUGCUUUAGCAGCAGCUGGGGCCAGACAAUUAUCUCAAAGAGUACCAAGUGGUCCUCCAGGUCAACCUAUGGGUAAUACUUUUGGUGGUGUACCAGGAGCUCCUGGAGCAGUGUCAGGAAUGGGUGCAGCAAUGGGUGGCCAACCAGGACAAUUUCCUUCAGGUAAUUUACCAGGAAGUGGACCUCAAAUACCUGGACAAACCCUUGGAAGACCAAUGCCUCAUUCAAGUAAUUCUCAACCACCAAGUAAAGUUGCUACUAAUCAAGGAUAUACCAAUUAUCCCCCAGUUCCCACUGAUGUUCAACAGAAAAUAUCUUUAAAGACUUUAUCCACACCUGAUGAAUGGUCGAAAAAAUUAAAAGAUGAAGGUAAAGAAGAUGAAAUAACCGCAGAAUUGAAACUUUAUGAAGAUAUUAAUGCCAAAGAAUUCAAAUUUAAGUCAUCAUCUUCAAGACAACAUGAUAGUAAUAGACAUCUCAAUGAACAAUUGAUUAAAGAUUUAAGAACUUAUAAUGAAAUCAAACAAUUGAGAAUGAAAGCUAUACAUACAUCAAGUCAAAACCAAUUCAAUAAUAGUAUUUGGGGUGAAGGAUAUCAAGGAUAUGGGAAUGGUAUUUCCAACACAACUUCACAAAAUAUCUUACCCAUGAAUAGAAAAAGAUAUUCCAAAGUUGGAGAAUCAGCAUAUAGUGAAAGAGAAUUGAACAAAAUUAUUCUUGAUGAUUUAUCAAACAACCCAAAGAGACAUCUCGUACCUAUAAGAUUGGAGUUUGAACAAGAACGUGAUAAAUUCAAAUUAAGAGAUACAUUUUUAUGGGAUUUGAAUGAAAAGAAUAUAACCAUCGAACAAUUUGUUGAGAUACUCUUGGAAGACUAUAAGUUUAUUCACAAACAACAUUUGAAUACCAUUUUAAUAUCAGUUAAAGAACAAAUUAAAGAUUACCAUCAAAAACCCGAGAAAACUAUGGGAGAAAUCAGAAUACCUAUUAGAAUCAAUAUCACUAUAAAUAAUACCCAAUUUUCCGAUCAAUUUGAAUGGGAUAUCUUGAAUUUUGAAGAAAACGACCCUGAAGAAUUCUCACAAAUACUUUGUGAUGAAAUGAGUUUACCAGGAGAAUUCGCUACUGCGAUUGCUCAUACUAUUAGAGAGCAAACCCAAAUAUUCCAUAAAGCAUUAUUCUUGGUAGGAUAUGCUUUUGAUGGACUGGCAGUUAAUGAAGAUGAAAUUAGAUCACAUUUGUUACCACCAUUAAGAUUAAUGUCUCAAGAUAAAUCUCAAUAUGGAUCUUUGGUCGAUGAUUAUUUUUCUAUUUUAAGAAAUCCUACAAGUGUUAAUGAUUAUUCACCAACGUUGACUAAGUUAACCCAAGUAGAAAUUGAUAAGUUAGAUAAAGAAAUGGAAAGAGAUAGUAGACGUAAAAGAAGACAUGUUAAUAACGAUGAACCUUCAUUGUCAUUAUCAUCUAGAGGAACUUCUAGAAGAGGUCAAUUACAUGUAGCAAGGGGAGGACCCGUUUUACCGGAUUUGAGUGAUUUCCCCAAGACAUUCAGAACCCCCCAACCUUCUUCCGUAUUGCCAGGAGGGGUGGAUUUGGGUGUUCCAGAUAUCUACUCAUAUAAUGAAGUGAUUGUUCAUAGAACUCAAGUUGCUAAUAAUGAAUUCAAACCUCCAAGACCAAAAACUGAUAGAGUUAUCUUCAAUCAUGAUCAAUAUAAUGGUAGGUUUUUAGUUAGAAUUAAGUAUCACAUGUAA